AGAAGACCCGGAAGCACAAAUACCUCACGUGUCGUUGUGGGGAACAUGUCGACCGGCGUCCCUACGAAGAGACCAAAAACAGCAUACCCUCAGCCGGGGGAAAGGGUGGACUGGAAGAAAAGGAAAACGCUACUCAGGGAGGCCAAAAGGCAGAGGAAAGAGGCCAAGCUGAUCAAACAGCUGGAAAAUCAGAAACGACAAGAGGCUGCUGAGAAGGAAAAAGUAGAGGAGACCCACAACAACAAAGGUCGAGCGUACACGGUGAGCGUGGCUCUGCCGGGCUCGGUCCUGGACAACGCUCAGUCGACCGAACUGCGCACAUACCUGGCGGGACAGAUCGCUCGCGCCUGCGUCAUCUACUGUGUGGAUGAGAUUGUCGUGUUUGACGAGCAAGGCGAAGAUGUCAAGAGCGUGGAAGGUGAAUUCAAAGGAAUCAGAAAGAAGGGACAAGCGUGCGUUCAGCUGGCCAGAAUACUCCAAUACCUGGAGUGUCCACAGUAUCUGCGCAAAUGGUUCUUCCCAAAGCACCAAGACUUGCAGUAUGCAGGACUGCUGAACCCUUUGGACAGUCCCCACCACAUGAGAAUCGAUGAGGAAUCGGAAUACCGUGAAGGCAUCGUCCUGGAUAGGCCCACCAAAGCGGGCAAAGGUUCUUUAGUCAACUGUGGCAUGAGGAAGGAGGUGCAGAUCGACAAACAUCUGCAAGCGGGAUUGCGAGUCACUGUGCAUUUCAACACGACGCAGAAGCAAGAGAGCAAAUCCUACAAAGGGACGGUGGUGGCUCCUCACGUGCCCACCACAAAAGGAGGGCUUUACUGGGGCUACAGCGUCCGCCUGGCAUCUUGUCUCAGUGCAGUGUUCAGCGAAAGUCCGUACAAGGACGGCUACGACGUGACCAUCGGGACGUCGGAAAAAGGCAGCAGCGUUGACGAGGCCUCGCUGCCGCCGUUCAAGCAUCUUCUGGUGGUCUUUGGAGGUCUCGAGGGACUGGAGGCCAGUCUAGACGCCGACCAGAACCUGGACGUGACGUGUCCCAGUGUCCUCUUUGACCUCUACCUCAACACUUGUCCUGCGCAGGGCAGCCGCACCAUUCGCACAGAGGAAGCCAUUUUGAUCUCCAUGGCGACACUGAGGCAGAAGAUAGCAGCCACCUUUUCCAGGGCUUAAAAGGUGUUGCCGGUCCUUUUUUAUUUUUGGUUCCAUGUAAUUACGUACAUUUUCAAUAUUUGCAUUCCUCAUUCCGUGUUUAUCGACAGUGCGACCUAUUUUGCAGUGUCUUUGCAAUGAACAGUGUAGAGCAGAGCGAGGCAAACUCUUGUGGUCAAUUUUGGAUUCAGCCCAUGCAUGCACUAGUAGGCUCUUUUUCCUUACUAGGACAACUUUGGUGUACUAAGAGGGCAACUACGUAUUACCGGUGAAGCCAAACUCAAUAACGAGUUGUCAACUGCACUCUACCGUAAUCACAUCGUGCUAAUUAGGAUCUUGGCUUAUUAUUGUGCAUUAAAGCCAUUUAGUGACACAAAAGAAUCAAGGCAAUUUUUUUUAAAAAACAUCGAUGUUGCAUUCAAAUCAAUUUUGUCUUUAUUUCAGUCAACAAAAUGUUUGCUUUCACAUGUAAAACAAAAAUCAAGCCAAGUUGUGACAUAACCCCCGCGAUGGCUUUUACUCCCAAAAAGGGAAACGUCUCAACCCCAUCCUGCUUUUCUCUUUAAAAUGGCUCAGAUAACGAAAAAGUCGCUUUCAAUUUGAAACAUUUUGUCAAGGACAGCUUUAGCAAUUUUUUGCCAUCAAAACAGGAGACACCAGCAUGCACUUCUCUUGCUGAUUAUUUGAAAUGAAAGUGAUUUUUUUUUUUUUUUACACCUUUCUUAAUGUUGGGAAGAAUCAGUGCGUCAUCCUUAGGGUCGCAAAGAGUUGGAACAUUUCAAGAAAGUUUCCAUGGGAAGUUUUAGAAAAUAUUCCAAAUUGGAAACUUUACAUGGGAAUUCAGGGUAUAUUUAGGCAAAGACGCAGCAGACAUUAAAUAUAACAAUUUCAUUUUGUCAUAAGCGGAAAAGCAAAAUAAGAUGGCUCCCCUUGCCCACAUGCUCGGGCAUUGCAGGUUUUUUUAAAUUGCACUAUAUUAAUUCUUCACUAGUUGAACGGUGGCACACCCUCACUCAAAAAAAAGUGAUGCUCAGAACUAAAAAAAACUCAAGUUGGGGGCACUUGGAAGUUAUGGGAUUUCAAUUCAUUUCAAUGGGGAAAAUUACUGGUCAAAUUUAGUGACGAGCUUGGUCACGGACCAAAUUAAACUUGUAAGUCAAGUUUCCUCUGUAUAUUUAAUUUCCCUAUCAAGAGCCAGGUUUACUCCCAUGGAAAGUUUCCAAUGUAACAAAUGCCUGAAUUAGCAGUCCUAAUCUUCAAUACAUAAAAGGUACAAAUACUGCAAACUUGUAAAAAAAAAAAAAACAACAAAAAACACACACACACACAACAAGAAAACGGUGAAAAACAUUCGGUGUGUCAGUAGCAGUUUUUUUCUUCCCACCUCGAAGAGAUCCCUGAAAGUGGAUGCCAUCCCAUAUCUGAGCAUCCGUUUACCUCGAGGAAACUGUCUCACCAUGUGGGAUGAGCAAAGGUGAUGUUGUACUGAUGCGCCCAGCGACCAAAAACCUGCUUUUCGGUGAUGAAGCGGUGGUGGCCCCCUUUUUGGUUGUUCUGGUUCUGGAUGUACGUUAUACACUCGUCAGAACCCCGCGGGUUGUAGUAGUGAUACGGCAUCUUCUUGGAUCCGGUCCGGUUCCUGCAAAGAAGGUAGCUUCAAGAAAUCCCCCUUUAUAAAACUCAGCCCCCGAAACAUGUUUUACAUAGCAACAUGAAAUUUAGGAGACGUCUAUCCUGAGUUGACCCACCAAAAAAAAGUAUCUGAACGCCAUGGUUGAAAAAGAAACAAAGUCUGCCAUUUUGGUUCCAAGUGGCCACUAGAGGGGCAGUUUGAACAGUUCCAGCAAAGGAUUGUUUUGACAAACCCACAACCCCCACUGUCUGAAAAGAGAC